GCUGGUCUGGGUCCGGAAGAGGAAGGAGCGAUGACCACGCGCUUCCCACGCGUACCUUCCCGAUGCACGCAAUGACGAGGGUUACCUGAAGCUUCAUCUCAACACUGGUGCCUUGCAGCUGAACCUCCCUCCUCAAGCGGCCUGACCACGCUCAGCGCAUCUCAUCACUCGCACCUCGCUGCCGAAACAUUUGUCUAAGAUGGGCUGUAAACGUGAACUCUCUCCCUCUCCGGGAGUCGAGGACCUGCCUGACAAGCGUCUGAAAUACACCGAGCCCCAGCCAUGCCUUCAUUGCAACAGCUACACUCACACCUGGAACGAGUGCAUCUGGCCAUGCCUCCACUGCACCGUCUUCCAUCCUCGCCGCCGCUGCCGCGCCUUAAACAUCGACUACUACACACCGGGUGGCUUCCAGGUGCAUACGCCAUCUCUGGCUCACACGACCGUUUCCCACGUCAUCAACGAGGUUGAUGUCGAGGGCGAAGCUGAAACGUCCAACGCGCUUCAAAACAUUCCCGUCUUCUCCCUUCGCGUUCACGAGCUGAAGAACGCGUACGCGCCGCGCGGAGUCUCCGCGCACCAACACACCAAAGGCUUCAACGCAGACCGCGCGGCCAUGAUAGCCACCCCUCCCCCUCCCCCUCCCAAUCCAACCGAACCAGAGUCUCCCGUAGGCCCUGAGCGCACAGGCAUGAACACAAUCCCUCUCGGCCCCAAAAAGCCACUGGGCACCUCCUGGCCCAGAGGCGCCGCCAUCUCCAAAAAGCCCAUCCUCCCAGCCGUCAUCCCUCCAUCUCCCAUCAUCUCCCAGGCCGCAAAGAGCGGCCUCCGCAACAUCAAGCAAGAGCAAGCCAUCUGGCAGGCGCUGAAAAAGCACAUCGAGGACGCGGUCGACGCCACGGCCGCGAAAUCGAAGAAGUUCAACGGGCUCGGAGACCGCGCGCGCGUUCAGCGGAAAGUGGAGUCGGUCCUGGGCGUGCUGAAGCCGAUGAUUACGGGUGUCGAUGCGGCGUCGGUAGAGGAUCUGAACGUCGUUAAGAUUGCCGGGAUGACGAUGUCGUUGUCGCAUAGGCCGGCGCCGGGGCAAGCUCCUGGCGCGGAAGGGAAGGUAUGAGGACGUGAAGCGACGGAUUGGUGGACGGCUCGUGCCUUAUCGCGAGACUGUGCAAUGUGCAGCAUGCGGGUAGAAUGCAGUGUGAAUGAUGUCUGAAGAGUCAUGAAAC